AUGGAUCUUUCACUAGACUGGAUGAACGAGUCAGUUCCUGAAGCUGAAUGCAGCUCUGGGAUCUUAAAAGUAAUUCAUAUUUAGACAGAAGCAGAGCUUGCCCAAUGGUCAACACAAGAAGGACUUUCAGAAGCUGACAAAGGGGUCCAAUUACUCGAGUCAGGGCUUCCACCUCAAAAAAUCUGAGCAUUAAAUAGUCUUGAUAUUGUCAUAAAAGAAGGUGGAUCAAGAAUUCUAACUCCUAUGUCAGCGAGCAAAACUUUUAUUUAAAUAAAAUAUUCUGACAAUUAUUUUAAUGAAAUCAUCGACUUAUUUUAUUAGAUUUUAGAUGGCUUGAUUUGAACAUAAAUUUUAUAAGCUAAAUUUUUGCUAUUAAAUAUUCUCGAGUUUUUUGAACGAUAAAAAUAUAAAAAAAAAUCAAAAAUUAUGGCUCUCACAGUGAAGGGAGCAAGCAGAAUAUUUGUAAUUUUUAUGUAGUCUCACAUAAUGAGCUGGGAUGAGCAAAUGCAGAUCGCAUCAGGUAUCGGAUUUUUAUCGGCUGUAAAAAAGCGAUAUAUUCCAAAGUCCUUUUUCCAAGACACAUUGGAACUUACCUUGACUUUUCUAAGUUUUUAUUCAAGAACAGUUUUAGAAGUGUGGAUGCCUGUAUUUAAUUCACUAAUAUCGCAGAUAUCAGUAGAUUUAAUAAAAUCUAAAGCUAUACCAAUGAUUAUUCUGCUAUCAGAUUAUACUCAAAAACCUAUUUCACGCCAAGUUUCCUGCCAAUUAUUAAACAGCCUACUCCCACUUAAAGUAAAAUAUAGGAAAAUUAUCUUUUUUUAGAAAUUAGUUCCUCCAUGAGUGAGUUGUAUUUUUUAAAGCUGAUUCAAUAAAAAUUUGAAAGCUUGAGUCUUAAAACAUAAAUUAUAUAAUUAAUUUACAAUUUAACUUUUAAGUUUGGAUAUUUAAAAUGUCUGUAAAGCAUAUAAUAAAUAUUAAAAAAUAAAUCAACCUACUCUAAGUAGGUAAAACAAUUUUUUUGGCUAAGGGGUUAGCAGAAGUUCUGGGAAAAGAAUUCAAAGGACAAAUUUUGCAGAGGGCAAAAGCAUUGUCGCAAGACACCAAUGGUGAUGUAAGACAAGAAAUGUGUAGGUCUUGGCAGUCAAUUGCAAAAGUUGUAGGAACUUCUGUAAUUGAAGAACUCAUUUUUUUCGAAGCUGUCAAGCUUGUUCAUGAUGCUAUGAUUGAUGUGAAGGCUGAAGCAGUUGGGCUCUUUAUACAGUUGCUGCCUUAUCUAUCAUAUGGUUUUUUAGAAGUCCAGGCAAUGCCUAUUAUAAAGAAUGAGCUUUUUGUAGAAAUUCCCAUUAGCAUUCAAGUUAAGCUAUCUCAAUAUAUCGGUCAGCUUUUUCUUUCAAUAAAAUCUAUACUAACCAAAGAAGACAGAACUUCCUGCACAGAAACUAUUGCAAGGCUAGCAAACUCAGAUAUAACAGUAAGGAAGAACCUAGCUUUUAACAUUCCUGCAGUUUUUUGAGCGUUAGGUACUUGCAAAAAUCUUAAAGCAAUUGUUACCAAGCUGGCAAGUGACGAAGAAGCUGAAGUCAGAGUUCUUAUUGCAGCUGGGCUGCAUGAAAUCGUCAGACAAGACCCAAGCUGUAAAAUUUUAAGAAAAGCGGCUACUCAGUUAUAUGAAAAUCCGCAAACCCAGCUUUCUAUGCUUAAAAGCAUGCACCAUUGGCAAUGCUAUUUUCAGCCCUCAGAGCUAUUAACUAAAUUUGCUGCAGUCGUAAACUCUGCAAAUUGGAGAACUCAGCUAACUUAUUUAUCACAAAUUAAAGAGACUUUUAGACAGUUUCCAAUGAAAGACGUCGUUGACAUAUUUAUUCCUCUUUUAAUUUACAAAAUGCAAUCAGGCACUUGGCCAUUGAAAAUUUCUUCUGCUGAGCUACUAGCAAGCAUUUUGUAUCAUAACUACUACAUGACCAGAAAGCUGGAUAUUUGUAACAUCCUAAAAGACAAGUUUGCCAGGUCAAACUGCUGCAAUAAUAGGCUUAUAUUUUUGUAUUUCAUUGAUUAUAUUUUACCUCUCCAAUCAAAGCAGUUUUUUUCUUUAGUUUUCGCCGAAGAUACUAUCCGUCUUGGCAGCGAUAACGUCAGCUCAGUCCGCAUUAAAUUCGCCACAAUGGUCCCACAAAUACGUGAAUCUCUUCAAAACCAAUGAAUCACUCAGCUUAACAACGUAUUAGCAAAUCUCGUCGAAGAUCCCAUGCAAACAGUCAGAGAGUCCGCCCAAGCUUCAAGAAAUAUUUUAAAAAGUGACGAAUACAACAAUAAGCUGCAAAGCGAAGAGGCCCAGAAAAAUGAGCAGAAGAAAUUAAAGUUUGAGGAAGAGCAAGGAGGACAAGAGUCAAGAGAACAAGAUGAAAAGAAAAAAAGAAUGGUUGACGAGCUGGCUGCAAAAGCAAGGGCUGAUAUGCAGCAAAGCAAAAGCGGGACUCUUAAAAGCAGGCCAAGCUUAGGAAAAAUAGCAAGGCCAGAAGUAUCGAGCACUUCCAAGCUGCCAAAGCCAAGUUUGAAGCAGCCUGUGGCCGUGAAGAAGAAAAUGUUUUCGUCAUAA